CUAGGUUCCUUGGAGAAGAAAACAUCACAGAAUGUGACUUUUCCAAGUCGCUUUGAGAUUGGAGACUGAGAUGCAUCUGAAACGGAAUGUUGGGGCAACAAAAGCACCUUUGUCCAAUAUUCCCCCACAACAGCACCACCUAUUCCAGCUAAACCUAUGAAUGAGUCAGCUCCUGUAGUAGCUGCUGUUGCCCCAUCACCUCCCCCACCACCAAAAUCCUCUCCAGAGAAAACCACUCCAUUUACAAAUGUCUCCUUUGGGAAGUCAUCAGAGUUAAUUAUUUCAAAGGGGAUGAAUGGUUGGCCUUGGCAUCGCGGGAAUUCACAACCACCAAUGAGCUUGCAAAAUGAUGUUCUUAGGCAAGCCAACCAAUUUGAAUUUUAAAUUCAAUAUUGUAGGACCUUAUGUUCUCCAUUCUGAAGAAUUGGGAAGAUUUUUGAAACAAGCAGGUGCUGAUGUUCAAAUGAGAUUUUUCUGUAAGCUGGAAUUGGAACAUAGAUGACCUUUUCUAAAUUAAACAAGCUUGUAAGCUGGAACUGAAACACAGAUGGCUUUUGCUGAAUUAUAUAAUCUUGUAAUUUGACUAAAUCAAGCUGCAGUUUUACAAGUUUUUUAUUGGGGAAAGCAGAACUUACCCGUUUAUAUUGAUAAAGCGACAACCACGAAUGAGCUUGCAAGUUGCAAAAUGAGGUUCUUAGGCAAGCCAGCCCAUUCAAAUUUCGAAUUCAUUACCGUAGAACCUCAUGUUUUCCAUUUUGAAGAAUUGGGGAGAGUUUUGGAACAAGAAUUGAAUUUUGAUUCAGAAGGAUAUUCUCAAUGCAUCUGAUUAAACCCUUUGCUGUUUUCAAGUCAACUACAAGAUAGUUAAUAGGUGAUUGAUCCAAGAUUCCAAGUUCAAGCCCCCCUUUUUAGGCAAGUUCUUUUUUCAACAAGUAGGAGCUGGAUGCUUUGAUAUUAACGCUACCUUUCAUGCAAGUGGUGAAGCUUCUGGAAUGUAUGAUGAGUCGGAAAUGAAUGGUCCAACAAUGUGCAUUGUGUUCCCUCUUUAUUCAUCUCAAGUCACAACCAAGAUUAGGGCACAAACACAGUUGCUUUAACUGCUGCUUAAAAUGGAUUGACUAGCAAAGUAGCUUCAAGAUCUAACAACUUGCUGAAAAAUGGUGGUGCUCACAGGAUCCGUCAUAGACUCAUAGUUGCAGCUACAAGCUGCUACCUUCCAAAGAAUGCCCUCUUUGGUAAGGACAUGGAUUUUUUGAGUUUUUGUUGUAACUUCCCUUGAUCAAUUCCCUUGAUCAUGGACAAUUCGAGGAUAUAUUUGAAAGUGGAUGGAGUAAUGCUUCGAGGCAGCAUUAUGCAAAAAUCAUUUCAAGGAUUUCUUUGUUGUAUAUAUCCAUACAUCUGGCGUUGAGAAAAGUCUUCAUGAACUCAUACAUGAAUGGCAUGGGGCUUGGACUUUGAAAUAUAUCAAGUCAGGGGAGCUUUAAACAAUGGCUAGUGGCUGGCUUUGAUCAUGAUUGCAAAAACAGUAGAAAGACAGUGAGAGUGAGUUGCAACAGCGGCAAGGUCAGUAGAGGAGUUAGUUCUGGCAGAUGAUCAACAGUGAUUUGGUCUCCAGUUUCUCUUGGAACACACUCAGCACACUUGGUGAGAUUUAUUCCAAUUUGAUGGGAGAUUUUGACUUCCAGCUUUAUUAUGGUGAUGACUAUGACAUUAGUGAUCCAAGAAUUUAUUCUUGAUGAUUUAUUGUUGUGUACAACUUCUGGUGUUUCCUAAAGUAGAAAAAACAUUGUUGUUAAGUUUGAUUAUUUUCCGCUUAAGUGGGUAGAGGGAGAAGAAGAAUACUUGUUGAGUGUGGUAUUUG